AUGUUUGCCAUCGUAUACUGGUGUCUGACAGUAGUUUCUCUGAUGUCAUCAAGCAGAGCUGACGUAAUCAGAGACCUAACGCCGUCGUCGCCCGUUCUGCAUGACAACGCCAUUGAACUGCGCCAGAGACAAAGGUGUACAGCAUGUGAAGCUUCGAAGGAGGCGUGGGGUCAAGACUUAAUAGACCAAAAGCUCCAACUGGAAAAAACAAAGCUGCUGAACAAACUGCACCUGACCGAGCCACCGGGAGUCUUCGUGAAUGUCAAUGACAUCCCGACGAUACUUGUACAACAGGAUCCACAGCGUAGUCUUUACAACGACUACACGAAACACCCUGCGCAGAAAGAGCAGGACGAAAUAGAGAGUAGUGUGUUCAUUUUCGACAAGACGUUAACUACCGGUGAGGCUUUCUUUCAUAAUCUAAAGCUAGUUUUUAUCUUAAUUAAUUCCCAGCUGUCAAUUUACGUAGUUCCCUCGAAACAAAAGAUUUUUUUCGGCUUUAACCCCGUUUUUAUAAGUGCAGAGCAGGCUUCUAGUAUGCAUAUGCAUAUUGAUCAUGGUAAUCAUGAUGGAUCUAAUAACGGUUAUAGUUAAUA